AUGGCCACAGUCAUUGGCAUGUCGCCACUCCGAGCAAGACUAGGUAUCAGAGCACAGCAGAUCCUCCAGGACUCAUUCGUCUGCCGACGCUGCAUCCACCAGCAGCACAAGACGAUCACGAAACGUCAAUACCAACAACCCAUCCUACGCAAAUUCUCAACACCACCGAGACGAACACAAACACGCCCCCAAACCUCAACCGCAGCCCCAUCACCUCUCUCUGCCCUCGGCCAAACCAUUUCCCACUCCAACACAUCCUCCACCACCUCCUCCUGGCCCAAACUAUCAGACAAAUCAGUAGCCUACUGGCUCCUCGGCUCGGCAGCAAGCGUCUUCGGCAUCGUCAUCUUCGGCGGCCUAACCCGUCUAACAGAGUCCGGCCUCAGCAUAACCGAAUGGCGACCCGUAACCGGCUCCUUCCCUCCGCGCAACGAAAGCAUCUGGGAGGAAGAAUUCGCCCGCUACAAACGGAGUCCGGAGUUCAAAAUGCUGAAUUCCCGGAUGAAUUUGGAGGAGUUCAAGCAGAUUUAUUGGAUGGAGUGGGGACAUCGGCUUUGGGGGAGGGUGGUGGGGCUGACUUUUUUGGUGCCGACUGCUUACUUCAUGAUUCGGAGAAGAGUGAGUCCGCAUAUGGCGAGAAGAUUGGUGGGGAUCUGUGGGUUGAUUGGGUUCCAAGGGUUGAUUGGGUGGUGGAUGGUGAAGAGUGGAUUGAAGGACGAUUUGCUGGAGACGGGGAGUCAUCCGCGCGUGAGCCAGUAUCGACUGGCGACGCAUCUGGGGACGGCGUUUGUGGCGUAUCUGGCCAUGUUAUGGAAUGGACUGCAAAUUCUACGGGAGCACAAACUAGUCAAGGAUCCCGAGGCGGGGAUGAAGUUAUUAUCCACCCUUCAACGCCCAGAACUAACCUUCCUACGCCGCUACGUCGGAGCGCUCACUGGCCUCAUCUUCCUCACUGCCCUUUCCGGUGCCUUGGUAGCCGGUCUAGAUGCAGGGCUAGUCUAUAACAACUUCCCCUGGAUGGGACAGGGUCUGCUCCCGCCUAAACGCGAGAUGCUCGACCCCUUCUACUCCCACACCCCAGAUCACGGCGAUCUGAUCUGGAGGAACAUGCUCGAGAACCCCGUGCUCGCCCAACUCGACCACCGCAUCCUCGCCACCUCGACGUUCACGGCCGUCAUGGCGUUGUGGGGUUAUAGUCGUUUCAGCCCUACCGUUCGUACUCUCCUCCCCAAGUCCGGGCGAGCGGGUGUUUUGGGGUUGGUGCAUUUGGUCAGUAUACAGGUCACCCUGGGCAUUACGACGUUGUGGUACCUUGUCCCUACGCCUUUGGCUUCGGCACAUCAGGCUGGAGCGCUGGCGUUGUUGACGGGGGCUUUUGUGUUGGCGAGUAGGGUGUUUGUGCCUAGAAGGACGGUGAGGUUGGUGCGGGAUGCUUUGAUGAAGAGUGCGACUUAUCGUAAGGGUGCGCAGGUGGCGAGAAGAGGACCGGAUGCUAUGAUGAGGGCGCGACUGGCGCAGACGUCGUAA